AUGCUGGGCUACGAAUUCGUCACGCUCGACGACGAGCAGAAGGCCGCUCGUCGGGAGCUGUUGAACCUGUACGGCACCAUUGGCCAAUGGUCUGUCCUCGCCGUGCUCGUCGUCGCUCAGCUGGCCUUCGUGGCGCGAUGGGCUGUCUUCCGCGCCUCGAGACAGGACCGACCGCGUUCUCCGCACCCCACCAAGACCAUGGCCCUGGAGGACAGGGCUUGGUCCCGCCGUCUUGAGGAGAAGCUGACGCGCUUCCGCUGGUGGGCCAACGAGCCUCUCCGCGACGGCUGGUUCACCAACGGCGAGUGCAUCCUCGGGCUCGUGUGGACCCUCUGGCUCCUUUUCCUCUCUGUCCACCGGACGGGCAACGACUAUCUGCAUCUCACCAAGCGCUUUGGCAUGGUUGCGGCCUCCCAGCUUCCGCUGCAGUACAUCCUCGCCAUGCGGUCUGCCUAUUCUCCUAUCCAAGCCUUGACCCGUUUGCCCUAUGAGCGUGUCGUUGCCAUUCACGAGCUCUUGGGGAAAAUCCUCACCGCCUUCUUUGCCUUGCACGCCGCCUUCUACUUCAACUUCUUCGUCCAGAACGGCCUUGUCUUGAAGCGCAUCCAGGAUGUCGAUGUGAUUACCGGCCUCAUUGGUUUCGCCAUGUUCUCGACCAUGAGCACUACCGCCCUCAGCUACGUCCGAAACUGGAACUACCGCGUCUUUUACACCACGCACAUCCUGCUUGCUAUAGUUCUCGUUGAUGUCCUCAUCUUCCACGUUUCUCACAUCCGAACCUACGUCUUCGAGAUGCUUGCCGCAUUCGUCCUCCUCCAGAUUUUCCGCCAGGCAAAGACGCGCCAGUUCUCCGGCUCCAUCGCUCUCAUUCCUGGCACCAACCUCAUCCAAGUCACGGUACCCCUCCCCUUUGACAAAGACGCCAAGGAAUUCAAGCCUGGCCAGCACGUCCACCUCAGCAAGCCGCCAUUGGGCCAGCCUUCGCUGAGCUACGCAAACACGUUCGCAAUGCGCUACCGCACCAACCCAUUCACCGUCGCCUCGGUGCCCACAAAGGACAGGCAGCUGCUCCUGGUCGCCCGCUCUCUCGCCGGCAACACCCAACAUCUCGCCGCCGUGGCCCGAUCUCUCCGCAACCAGACGACCGACGGGAACCCUUCCAUCCCUUUGACCAUCGAAGGUCCCUACGGCGCCUCCCUGCCAGACUUCCGCGAAUUCGAUCACGUCCUCUUCGUGGCCGGCGGCGUGGGCGCCACCUUCACCGUCCCGGUAUUCCGCAGCAUGACCGAGGGGACCCACCCCGGCGACCAGCCGCCCGUACCGCGCACCCGCCUCCGCUUCGUCUGGGCAGUGCGGCGGCUGGCCGAGACGCGCUGGGCUUUUCCCGCGAAACCGGACGACGCGCGCGGUCUUCCGCCCACGCCUGCCGGGGCUAUGGCUAACCAAAGCAUCGACAUAUUCGUGACGCGUGGUCCCGACGCUGCGGAUGAAGAAGACGGCCGCGAAGGAUUACUCGCAGAUGAUGAUGAGGACAUCGAACUCGCCGACGCCCAGACCCUCGUGGACGAUCGAAACGGCGAAGAGAAGUCGCGAGACCGGACCGUCUCCCGCGGUCGCCCCGAUCUGGCUGCCAUUGUGGAUGAGGCGUUUGAGGCGUCGUCGGGGGCGGUCGCCGUGCUGGUGUGCGGGCCGGGCGAGAUGGCCAAGGAGAUGCGGCGACAUGUUGGUGCGUGGGUGAAGAAGGGAAAGGACGUGUUUUGGUAUGCGGAGGCUUUCGGGAUGUGA